AUGAGCCGUGGGGUGCGCGCACUGACAGCUGAAGGUUCUCCGCGAUGACGGACACUCCGAUGGCCCAGCAGCAGCAUCAUCAUCGGCAUCCGCAGCAUCCGCAACCCUGAGCGCUUAGCAACAGCAUCAGCACCCCCCAUCCAUCCUCCAUGCUCCAGCAGAGACGCGCAGAUCAAGCAGCGCCUGUCGGGUUUCUCUCUCUCCGUCCGCUGUCCUCCGCCAUCCUGCGCGAGUGAAGCUGUUUCUCUCCAGCAUCCGAUCGCCGUGUCCCGUCUCUCAUCUUCCAGGAUGUUCUCCGUCACACGGAUGCUGUCGAUGGUCCUCAUCCUGGGAAACGUAAUGCUCCAAUAUGUGUCAUCUCAAAACGCUGGGUUUGUGAAGUCGCCAAUGUCAGAGACUAAGCUCACGGGAGACGCCUUUGAGCUGUACUGCGACGUGAUGGGUAACCCAGUGCCGGAGAUCCAGUGGUGGUAUGCUGAUAUUAACCGGGCGGACUCCUUCAAGCAGCUGUGGGAUGGCGCCCGCAAACGCCGGGUGUCGAUCAACACGGCAUACGGUGCCAAUGGUGUCAGCGUGCUGGCCAUCUCACGCCUCACGCUGGAGGACGCCGGAGUCUAUGAGUGCCGAGCCAGCAACGACCCACGUCGCAACGACCUUCGCCAAAACCCGUCCAUCACCUGGAUCCGAACGCAAGCAACCAUAUCCGUGUUGCAGAAGCCAAGAAUCAAUGCUUCAGAUCAGGAGAUUGUGCAGCCUAAAACUGCACAGGAAGUGCCCAUCACUCUACACUGUAACCUCACCAAUUCGCACAGCAUGCACCAGGAAACAUUCUGGAUGAAGAACAAACAAGAAAUUCCGAACACACGGACCAAUCACAAAAACACAGAGUAUAAGAUUAAUAAACCAAGGGCAGAAGAUUCUGGCGAAUACAUGUGCGUUUACAUCUUUAAGUCGGCUCCAAAUGUCAGUGCUUCCAUUGAGGUCAAAGCUGCUCCUGAAAUCAUAGGCCACAAAAGAAGUGAGAACAAAAAAGAAGGGAAUAAUGCAACGCUAUACUGCAAAUCGGUGGGAUACCCACAUCCUGUCUGGAUGUGGCGUAAGAAAUUGGGCCGCGGAUCUUACAUCGACAUUGAUAACAGCACUGGCCGAUUUUUCAUCAUCAACAAACAUAAUUACACAGAGCUGAACAUCACCGGCCUGGACAUCAGCACAGAUCCGGGCGAAUACGUCUGCAACGCUUCAAACAUCAUUGGCUCGAAAGAGUCCAUGACCAUCCUGCGGGUGAGGAGUCAGCUCGCCCCGCUGUGGCCUUUUCUGGGCGUCUUAGCUGAAAUCAUCAUUCUGGUGGUCAUUAUCGUGGUUUACGAAAGGCGCAAGAGGCCAGACGAGGUUCUUGAUGAUGAUGAACCAGUUGCACCAAUAAAAACAAACUCCACAAACAACCACAAAGACAAAAAUGUAAGACAGCGGAAUACCAACUGAGCCGGUGGACCAACGUACUACAGAAGAAUUCUGAAGAUGAACAACUGCAUAUCCCGACUGUACAGACGUAUACAAGGAGAGGAGACGCUCAUGGCGAAUUUCAGUGAUGCAUAUCCUGCCUCACAAGGUGAAGAAAACAAAAACAAUGACACCAUUACAUAGGCAGAAAUGAACAAUAAAGUCUGUCUGUCUUUAUGUAUGCCUUAUUCAGGCUAAGGAUCUGUGUGAAUGCGUGGACACUGACCGAAUCAUUCUAAAAGUGACAAGGAUUUUUUUCCCCCGUGUGCUGUUAACUUUGAGUUUUUUUUAUUUUUUAUCAUGCCCUCCUGCUGCACUGAAUCAUGUUCAUAUCUACAUGUUGUCUUGAAUGCAUGCAAUAACAUAAUCAAAUAAGGUUCAAAUAUUGUUUUUCUAUUGUUACUUAUUACUUUGUGGUGUUGCAUCCAAUAACCAGUGUGUGUGUGUGUGUGUGUGUGUGUGUGUGUGUGUGAGGAAGUAUGUCAGCAUAUCAGCAUGUGUGAGUGUUUUUAAAGAAAUUGAAAUGGAUUAAAAAAAGUAACAAGUCACUGAGAACUUUGUACAGUUUAUCAUCCAAUAAAACAAUACUAAAAGGAGGUGUUUUGUCUUAAACUAGAAUGCAAGAACCUUGCAGAGCAGUAUUUAAUCAAAAAAAGCUGAUAUUGUAUUAAAUGACUAAAUGAAAUGAAUACAUGUAACAUUUAUUUUCUAGAGUAUUUUAGAUGUCUUGUACAUUGUGGUGCUGUAAAUGUUCAAAUAUUAUGAUAGCAUCUGUAAAAAGAAGAAAAACUAUCUUUUUUUUAAACCUCAAUGUCUUUCAAGUUUCUUUUUAGAGAAAUAUUAAUUCUUGUACAGCAUGGCUAUAAUCCUAUGCAAUAUGUAUUCAUAUAGAUCUACUGGCAAUUGUAAGGUGGGGCGGGUUUGUUUCAUUUCAGAGAGUAAUAAAAAAAGCUUUAAUAGGACAGGAACAAUAGGGGUGAUUUGCAUUUCAAAUGCACUGCUGUAGUUGCAUGUCAACUCCUGAUCAAUAUCAUAUCACAAUGACAAAGGACCAACAUUCAAGGGAGGAAGUGGGUGGAGCUAAAGCCAUUACAAACUAUGUGAAAACAAUUGUUUCCUUUUUCAGAAUAAAGG